GAGUACGUCAAUGCGGCCUCGGUCUUGCGAUCUUAAAUCCAACACCGGCCAACGUUUUUCUUUUUUUUUUUAAAUGGCGGCUAUUAGGAGCAUUUUUCCAGUACAUUUGUUUGGAAGGCCGCUUAAUUUGCUCAGUUACACAAUACGAAAUACAAACGUCGUCCCUGGAUGCUACAGCUAUUUUCAAACCGUACCAUCGCGAUGUUUUGGUGGUGAUUCAAGUGCUAAUAGAGCAGAACGAAGUCAGCAAAGAACAUCACAAGGACUGCCUAAGAAGUUUCCAGUUGCAGGUGUGAAGCAUGUUGUUCUGGUGGCAUCUGGAAAAGGUGGUGUUGGCAAAUCAACUACUGCAGUCAACUUGGCUUUGGCUCUUUCUUUGCAUGAAAUGAGGCCAACUGUGGGGCUGCUCGAUGCAGAUGUCUAUGGACCCUCCAUUCCACGCAUGAUGAACCUGAGUGGUGAACCAGAAUUGACACAACAAAACCUCAUGAAACCACUGGUCAAUUAUGGGAUUAAGUGCAUGUCCAUGGGGUUUUUGGUCGACAACAAGAUGCCUAUUGUGUGGCGAGGACUUAUGGUCAUGUCUGCCAUUGAGAAACUGCUUAGGCAGGUAGCAUGGGGCCCAUUGGACUACCUUGUUGUUGAUAUGCCACCAGGAACUGGAGACACGCAGCUUUCCAUCUCUCAGAACAUUCCAGUGUCAGGGGUCAUUGUAGUGACUACACCUCAGGAGAUUGCACUUAUCGAUGCACGCAAGGGGGCUGAGAUGUUCCGAAAAGUCAGCGUGCCUGUCCUUGGGCUGGUGCAGAAUAUGAGUCGGCUAGCCUGUCCAAGCUGUGGCCACGAGUCGCACAUAUUUGGCAAGGAUGGUGCCACUGAGCUUGCCAGGGAGAUGGCACUCGACAUUUUGGGCGACGUACCACUUGACAUAGAGAUAAGAGAGAGCUCUGACAAUGGCCAGCCAAUUGUGGUGUCUAAUGCAAACUCCCCUCAGUCUCAAGCCUACAAGGACAUGGCCCAAAAAGUUAUCCAGAAGUUACCAAUUUGAGUCACCUUGAACUAGGAAUGAUUUGAGCAUGAAGGACCGGCCAAGCAGGACAUUUAGGGGAGGCAGUCACCUUAGUGACUCGCCACGACUGGACGUGUGCCCCCAAACUCGUUUGUAUAUUGGAAGAUGCUAACCAGGGUGUGCUGGACAAGCUUUACAACAUCGCCAAGACGUACGACAAGAGUCGUUCUAGGUGUCAGAACUGUCAGCAGGCCAAACAAGUGUCAAGGUAGUGGGGGGCGGCAACAUUGCCAGUGGUAAUAAAGCUUUUUGUUGUUGUUGCCUUGCUCAACAACAGUUUCCUAGGU